GUUGCUGCCCGGAAGGCUGUCCCGCGCUCCGCAGUUCGGCAAGAGCAAAGCAUCGCGGCACGGUCAGACAUUGGAACCCAACGUGUCAGAAGGAACGGUCGUGUUUUUUAGUCGGUGUGAAGGCUCUGCUAUAAUAGUUAGUUAUAAACGGGGAAAGAACAGAGACACCAUCAAUUCAGCAGCAACCAACUUCGUUUUUGUAAUACCUUGAACGAAAGAACACGAGCUGAGGAACGCUUUGAACAGUUUUAUUUUUUUCUGAAAAGUUAUUUAAUCUUGGAGAGAGGACCACAGUGAGAGUUGCUUGCUAUUAUGACGAACAGAACGGCUCAGGAGCAAUGCACAAGGGCAGGCAGCAUUUGUCCAAGCAUCAUCCGCUUCAGCGCUUGGCUCUUAUUGACGAUACUGGUAGCACAAGUUCUCCUGGGUACCACAGCCAAGGCAGAAGAGAAAACUAGGUUCCCCAAAUUCAUGAGAUGGGGUAAAAGAUACAGCCCAGAUUACGUGGUUAUGGACGACAAUGAACUAAAAGACGAGAUGAAAUUGCCCGUAUUUGGUAACGGUGAAGUUUUGUGCAAAAACGUGGCGUCCGGCGGCCUUUACCGUUGUGGCAAAGUACCAGCGACCGCAUGAGAACCGUUGAAGAUACUAAACCGAAACGACGAGACAUCUAACAACAGCAACUUUGCACCCUGACGGCAUGAUAUCAAUUUGAACACCGACCCUUUGACCAUGCGACGAUCUUAAAAAAAAAUGCUUAUAUCAAUCAUUAUGCACUCCUUUAACUUUAAGCGAAAUGCAGUUUGUAGAAUUACACCAGACCUUUUAAGGUCUGGUGUUAUUUACAAACUAUUAUUGUAAUCUUCUGCGGUGUUUAUUUACACAUAUCUGGUGAGGUUUGAAUGCCGAGUGCAACACUUUAAUUUGACGCAAACUGAUUUGAAAAAUCUAAGUACGAGCCAUUGACGAAAAAUGAGUAUGAUCUUUCUUAUUCUUCAAUGGCUCGUACUUAGAUUUUUCAAAUAAUGUGUACACAAGUAUCGCUAGUUUAAAAAAUAAACAAA